CCGGGUCAGAAAGAGAGAGAUCGGCAGAGCUGAGAGUGAGAGGCACUGAGGAGGGAACACACACACUUUUACCGACUCUUAAACACACACGUAGAGACACACACACACACACACACACACACACACACACACACAAACAGUUGCUGAUCACUAAAAGACACACACACACUCUUCACUGGACUCUGGACUGACCACUUGAGGAUACAUCCCUCAGGACUCUGUUUCCCAUCAUGCACCAGCGGAGCCUCUCAAAGCACCAGGGGGUCUCGACCCAGCGGGGGGCUUCGACACAACGCACCACCCAGGAUCGAGCCUCGGGGAGCGUCAGGCUGAGUAGGGGGUCCACGUCCUGCCGCCUCUGCACACCGAGGGGGGCUCCUCUGUGGGCAUGGCUGCUGCUGGGUGCCCUGGUGGUCCCGGGAGCCUGGAGCUUUCUGAACGAGGAGGAAGAGGAGAUGCUGGUGGAGCUUCAUAACCAUUACCGAGGACUGGUUUCACCCAGCGCCACGGCCAUGCUGCCCCUGAGAUGGGACUCGAGCCUGAAGUUGACCGCAGAGGGCUACGCUGCUAAAUGUGUCUGGAACCACAACCCAGAACUGGUGGAAACCGGAGAGAAUCUGUUCGUCACCAACACUCCCCUGGACCUCAGAGACGCUUUGGAAAAAUGGUUUCUGGAACACCUGGACUAUGACUACCACAACAACAGCUGUGACGAAGACAAGAUGUGUGGACACUAUACACAGAUGGUGUGGGCAGACACACACAGAGUCGGCUGUGCCUACCAUCUCUGUAACAAAAUGGAGGGACUGGACUGGGAGAGAGUCUCCUUCCUCGUCUGCAACUACUACCCAGCGGGGAACUAUGAAGCGGAGAGGCCGUACGUGGAAGGUGGCUGGUGCUCCAGAUGUCCUGAAAACCUCCAGAAAUGCGAAAACAACCUCUGUGUUGCUGAGACUGUGGAGGAGCACGCCACCCUGUCACCAGCCACAAGUACCUCGGACACAACCACUCUAAUAGUCCAAUCAACGACACUGGGAAAGGAGGAAAACAUUGGAGAAGAGACUGAGGAGGAGGAGAAGGAGGAGGAGGAGGAGGAGGAGGAGGAGGAGGAGGAGGGCAAGGAAACUACAGAUAUGCCGGCGGAAAAUGGGGGAAAAGACGGAGAACCAAAAACGGACCAGAACACAGAAGAUAUUGGCAGUGCUGGUUCAGUACCAUCACCUUCCCUCCUUUUAGCCGGUCUGACUGGGAUCCUGACUCUGAGGCUGUGAGGCUGUGAGGAGGACGAGGAGGAGGAGGAAGAGGAGAAAAGAGGAGACAGUACGUUCACCUCAGCUCUUGCAUUGACUGCACAUCACCUUGUCAACAAACAGUGUCCCCUCUCUCCCCUGCAGAGCAAAAUGGGUCAAUAAAUAAUUCACGCUCAUCAGAAACAAGCAGCUGCCGUUUGCACAACAUCUGCUCGUAGUCUGGGCUGAGAUCUGGGUCAAACGAUGCGUUUGCACAACCUGCUCAACCUGCUCGGGAUACAAAAAAACAACAGCGCUGCCAGUAGGUUACCGGCCAAAGUCAAAAUCAGUCUCAUAUCUGUUUGUUAAGAUGGAGUCGGGACGUAGCUAGCUUAGCUUAACGUAAAGAGCUAGCCUGGCUCUGCCCACGGUCCAAAAGUGCACCUACCAACACCCCUAGAGGCUCAAGGAUUAACAGCUCGUCUGUUUAAUCACUUUAUCAGGUGUCUGUGGAUCAGGUAAAUGAGGGGCUCCUCCUCCCGCCCCCACCUGCAGAUGAACCCUUUGUUUGCUGCUCUUCACGACACCGGGCUAACCACGUCCUCGCUCCGGCUCCGUACUUAACUGGCAGACAGGAGACUGGUUCCCAUCUGAACACACGCUCUCGUAACUUGGAACUUACUCUUGUCAGCUGCAUCUGCUUCAUCCAUUCAAUCGGUCUUAUGAUGAGAGUUUUCCUCCAAUAUUUUUUAACACAUUGUCUUUAAAAGCCUUUCAAACAUUGCUUUUAGAUGAGCGCCAUAGGAGUAAAGCUUAUUGUCAUAAAUUUCCAAUACCCUUACAUGUAUGCUUUCUGUUUUCAAGACAUUUAAAGGAAUACUCUGAUAUUUUGGGAGAUUUUUCUAAUUCGCUGUCAUGAGGUGAAGAAUGAAAGAAAGAGACCAGUUCAAACGCCGCCUUCUUACGCACCUCAGCGCCUGACCAAUGGCCGCGUCAGAGAGGUGCUGUGAGAAGAUCCGGACGCUUGGUUUGAAGCUCGCAGAGGCCUUUAGCUCCCCGCGGACGGAGACUAGCCUUCAACAACUGCGUUGGAGCAGUUAGCUGACGACGUCCCCCUCUGCUAGUUCACCCGUUACCGUAAAGCGUCCUUGUGCCAUGCACAUUCUACCUGAGGUGGACCUUAAAGUGCAGUGUAUCAUGAAGUGAUGCUGUUUCCGAUUGCUAAUAAUACUGUACCAUCGCAAAAUGAUUCAGAAAAAUGCUGAAAUGGAUGAAGCACAGCGCUUGGCAACCAGAAAUGUGAUCAAUUACACAAGAAGUCGUUAUUUGCUUGUGCCACUGACAUUUGUAAUUUGGUGUAUGGAGCUGUGCCUCCUCUGUGCUGGAAACCCAAGCGGGUUAAAGUGCUGCCGCCUCUCAGACGGCCUCUUCGCGUCGGGCGGUGGCUCGUUUGCAUCUGCAGGGGGAGGGUGGCAUCGUGAAGAUUUAAAACAUACGGCGUCACCUCGACGGAGCGGGCGACGCUUUCACCGUGUUUUCAGUGUUCAGGAAAUGCAGGAGAAAUGAUUGCUGAACAGCCUCUAGGUGUCUCAAACUGACCACCCUGCUUCUUCUCUGAUCUUUUUCACCACUAUAUAUAUCUACUGUAAACCGUAUACUCUCUCUCAGACUGGAACUACAACUGGACAGAGUCUCUAAUCAUUUACAUAUCUCUGUUACACUCUCUUAGUCAGCAGGAAAUUACCAUAAAUAUCUUCAAUAACCUUUAGCAAGCAUUGCUGUAAAUGUCUGUAUAUAAGAUUAAUGAUGAAAUAAACCGUAUUUCUUCUUGUUGACAAUA